CUCUAGUUUGCAUUGUUUAUCCCGAAGCGAAUUUCACGAUGGACCAACUAAAAUGCGCCAGGAAGUUACCAACGUAGACGUGUGGGCAAGGCCCACGUUGCCCAUGGAGGAGCCCACAACACUGGAACUGCUGGCUUUGCAGCCACAGCAGCCUGGUGUAGAAGAGGAGGAAGGGGCUACACUGCCCCCGGGCACACUGCUGCACAUUGAUGGCGACACCCUGGUGGCAGUGGUUGAGGAAGGACAGGCAAUCGCUGCUGCUGCAGAGGAGACAGCGCCACAGCUUACAGAGCUGGACCUGUCAAGCCUGCUAUCCGUGGAGGAACCCGAAGAAGAUGUUCUGCAGAAGGCGUUGCUCCAGGCUGAUACGGUGGUGGCAGAGGAAGCAACCUCAGAGCAGCCAGAGCCAGACGUGCAACCAGAGGCUCAAGAGCAGCAGCAGCAGCAGCAGCAGCAGCAGCAGCAGACGGUGGUGAUAGACGUGAGCAGUCCGAUCGAGCUGUGCCAGAAUGCACUGAUCGUGGUGAACGGCCAGCGGUGCGUCCUUCAGCAGGAUGCCAGCACGGGACAGGUGCUGGCCUACCCUAUCAGGGAACCAAAACGCAAGCGGGGGCGACCCAGAAAGGUGGUUCCUCCUCCCGUUGAGGAAGAGCCACCAGCUGCCCCUGCUGCGGAUGAAGCUUCCAUGACAGAGCCUGCUGCUGUGGAGGAAGAGGAAGAGGGCGACAAGGGCAUGAUGGAGAUUGUUACAGAAGAUGGUGCUCUUGUGCGUAGGAGCUGCCGGCGGCGGAAGGUGGCACGUACUAUGCAGGAUUAUCACUUGAGCGAAGGCAGCGAGAGUGAGCCAGAACAGGAGCCCGAGCCUGAGCCAGAGCCCCGGAAACGUGGUCGGCCACCCAAGAAUUAUCACGAGGAGGACCCAUUUUGGAAGCGAAAUGGUGGACGUCGACGGCCUCGCCUGCGAAAGCGGGAUGGCUCAUCAUCGUCGCAAAGCAACCCCAUGCAAGCGUUCCUGGUGCAGAUGGCGGAUGGGCAGACACUCAUGAUGCAGAUCCCAGCCGCGAGCAUUCCGGCAGGCAUGGACCUGCACCAGGUGGCACAGAACAUCGCCACGAGCCUCAAUGCAGCUGCAGCACAGCAGGCCCUGUCGGGAGGCUGCCUGACGGCUGAAGGUGCAGCUGCGUCACCCGUCCUGGUGGCGUUGCAAGGUGCCAUCUCAGACGAGGCACAGCCACCGCCGCCACCGCAACCACCAGCACCACCAAAACGUCGACCGGGACGGCCUCGAAAGAGGCCCCUGACACCACCACCUCCUCCUCCACCUCCACCUCUUCCACAGGCCGAAAAGCCAGAGGAUUGUCCAGUAAUUUCCCCGACGGAUGGCCCGACAGAUGGCCCGACAGAUGGCCCGACGGAUGGCCCAACGGAUGGCCUGGCAGAUGUGUCGGAAGAGGGCUUGGCCAAUGAAUUGUCGAGUAGUGCGUCAAAUGGCCCUGCAGAAGUUUCAACAGAGUCGCCUGCUGAUGAUGCCUCCCGAGACAGCGCGGCCGCCCAGAAUGUGUCUGCAGUGGUUGCCCAGAGUCUGGAAGAUGCUGUGGCACAGGUGCUGGGCCAGGCUGUUGGACCAGUCACGGAAGGAGUUGAACUAACAUCGGUACAGCCUGCUGAGGAGGCCAUCACCUCGAACACCACUGAGGAUGCCACAGUGAUUCCUGUGCCUGAGAAGCUGGUCACUCUGCUGCUUCCCAAGUUGGGUGGAAGUGUGGAAGAGCAACAACAGCUGCAGUGCCCAGCCUGCGAGUUCCAGGCGGGCUACACGCAGCAACUGCAGGAGCACCUAGUGGGUUCGCAUGCGGAUGCAGUGGUGCGCUGCCGCCGCUGCCCACACGCCUGCCUGUCGCGUGAUGCUCUUGUCACGCACUACCGAGCGCAGCACCCACGCUGCGUCUGCCCCUACUGCGACCAUAUUGCAGAACAGGCGUACGCCAUCCGGCGCCACAUGGCAAGGCACACACAGCCGGGUGCCUGCACCUGCCCGGUGUGCAACAAACGCUACAAGGACCCAUACAUCCUCAAGAUGCACCUCAAGAUGGUGCACAUGCCGGCCGAGGUGCUCUUCGAGUGCUCCCUGUGUGGCAAGAAGUUCAGCCGCAAGGCCCACCUCAAGCGCCACGCCCGCACCCACAACCCCGACAAGCCACUCAAGUGUCCCCUCUGUGACUACAGGGGCUGUGAGCGGUCGGACAUCACCAAGCACAUGCUGAUCCAUGAGGAGCCGAAGCACGUAUGCAGCAUCUGCAACCGCUCGUUCCGGCAUGCCAAGAACAAAGAGCUGCACCUGAAGAGGCACAAGGGCCAGAAGGACUACAAGUGUGGCGUGUGCGACUUCUAUGGCUACACAUUCACCGACAUCCGCAAGCACAUUGAGAGGCGGCAUGCCGACCCGCAUACUAUCCUGUGCGACCGCUGUGGCCAGGCCUUCAAGAGUCAAGCCUUGCUCAAGGAGCAUCAGAUGAGUGCCCAGUGUGAGGUGUACCUGAUUGAACAGGAGCUGACGGAAUACGAAGAGGCAGCCCCGGAAGCCUUGCUGGCUGCAACUGACGAGCCAGAACCAGCUGAUGCAACCCUGGAGGAGACCUUUGUGGAGGCUGGUGGCCAGCUGCUGGAGCUGCCAGGACACCAGUAUGCCAUCGUCACUACCACUGCGGAUGAAUCUGAUGUGGAGGCGACCACUGAGGUGCCUGAUGUGGCCCAUGAGACGCACAUUGCUGUGGUGCAAGAUGCCAGUCAUCUGCUCGUCUAGUCCGGCACCAUACCGCGCUUCCUGCCAAGCUAGACCCUUGAUGUGGCAAACCCGUGCUUGCCUCGUGAAGGCACCUGUACAUUUUUGUGUAUACCGUGUGGAGGACAGCUUGUGAAUUGUGUGGCAAAGCCGUUGCUGAAGAACUCCGUGUGAUAAAGUGUGAACAAAUACAUUGCCUGCCAGUGCUUUGCACUCCUCAGGCUGAGAAAGUGGGCAUUCUAGCCGAUGACGUGCCAAGCGGACUCAUGUCGCCUGUACUUUGAUUACUGUAUGUGCAUGACUGUAAAUGUUCAUCAAACGCAUCCCGGGUGGAAUAUUGUGCAUCCACAAUAAUCUAAACGCACACUGUACAAAGUGUUGUGCAUCUAGAAUGUUCAAGGAACUGUGUGAUUGCGUCAUUUUUUCAUCUUGCCUUUCGUUCCCCUCGGGCUGUGUGAGCAAGCGUUCUUUUUUUUUGUCUAACAUUAUUAAGUGAAAAUUUCAUGCAUAAAACUGAGCUCUACUACAA